AAAUGAUUGAUUCAAAUCAGGACUCUGAUUCACAUUUAUGCAAUGCUGCUCAGAAACUAAAUCCUUGCCUCUAACCCUGAUCUAGCCAUGCAAGCAAGAUUUGCGACGGAAGAAAGCCAAAUAUUCCCCUUCUUAUUCUUUCUAUUUAGUCUUAAACUAGUUGGAUUUGGGAGACGGAGACAAGCAAAAUAUUCCUUCAGUAUAGAUUUGCAAUUGUACAUACAUUCAUUACUCUUGUCUUGCUGUAUCUGUAUAUCGUGAUGGUUAUCUUGCAGCGUUGUUUUCCCUCCUUUGUUAGCAUCCGAGCAAAGUUCCCCGUUACUGCAUCAGAUGCUAGUAUUCACGAAAACCGUUCCCUCAAGGUUCCUUCUACUACUCUUCCUCCGAGCUUCUUGAUAUCCAAUUCACACCGGUCUCAGACUCCAACUUUGUUGUUUCCUCCAGCCAAUCAGAGUGUGGCAGCUGUUGUGUUCGGGGAUGGACACGAGUCACAACUUUACCCGCUGACAAAGAGAAGAUCAGAAGGGGCGAUACCUAUUGCAGCAAAUUACAGGCUCAUUGAUUCAGUUGUGAGCAACUGCAUUAGCUGCAACAUAAGCCAUAUAUACGCUCUAACACAAUUUAACUCUACUUCUCUCAAUUCCCACCUUUCCAGAGCUUACUCUGGAGUUUGUUUUGGGAAUGCCGGCUUUGUUCAAGUCAUUGCCGCGUGUCAGAGCCCUGGCAAUAACGGAUGGUUUCAGGGAACUGCUGAUGCUGUGAGAAGAUGUCUGUGGGUGCUGGAAGAGUAUCCAAUGACUGAGUUUUUGGUCCUUCCUGGUCACCAUCUCUACAGAAUGGACUACCAGAAACUCAUCAAGGCCCACCGAGACAAUGACGCUGACAUUACAAUUGCUGUAUCUGUUGCCAGGAGACUUCCUGAUCCGGGGUUUGGCUUUCUAAAUGUGAAUUCUCAAAAUCAAGUUGUAGAUUUCAGUUUAAAGUUGGAGGGAAAGCCAUUUAAUGUUGCUUCAGCCAAAAGCUCAAGUAAAUCCAACGAUACUGCUCAAAGUAGCAUGGCAAGUAUGGGAAUCUUUCUCAUCAACAGAGGUGCAAUGAAAAGGCUACUGGAAGAACAUUUUCCCAAGGCAAAUGACUUCACAAGUGAAGUAAUUCCGGGUGCCAUAUCUAUUGGAAUGAAGGUUCAAGCAUAUGCAUUUGAUGGAUAUUGGGAGGACCUGAGGAAUAUUAAAGCUUUCUACGAAGCAAAUAUGCAAAGCGCAAGGGAUGCAGAUGUGGGAUACAACUUCUACGACAGAGAGAGUCCAGUCUACACAUUGCCUCGGUAUCUGCCUCCAACUCAAAUAACAGACUCUGUAAUUACAAACAGUGUAAUUGGAGAUGGUUGCAUCCUCAAUGGAUGCAGGAUCAAAGGCACAGUACUUGGUAUGAGGACGAGAAUCGGAAAUGGGGCUAUAGUCGAGGAUUCAGUUGUCAUGGGUUCAACUAUGUGCCAAAUAGAAGAUAGAGGGAAGAGGAAAGGCAUGGCGGGUGUGAUCCCUGGGAUGGGAAUUGGCGAAGAUACUCAUGUAAGGAAGGCUAUUAUAGACAAGAAUGCAAGAAUUGGCAACAAUGUUAUGAUCAUUAAUAAAGAUAAUGCGAAAGAAGCGGACAGAGAAGGUGAUGGAUAUGUCAUCCGUGACGGAAUACUAGUCCUUCUUCCGAGUGCAGUGAUUCCAGAUGGCACCAUUCUCUGAUCUGAUCAUUCAUUCAUUCAUUUCAUUUCAUUUAAUUGUCUUAGUGUUACAACUCCAGUCAGUCUCCAGUAGUGACAGAGAGUAGCUAGUCAGAUGAAAUAAAAGAUAAAUAAAUAAAGGAAGUUGGAAUAUAUUUGCUGAGCCAGUGAGCCUUCCCUUCCUUCACUCCACUUCUUUAUUAGUGUGAUGCAAAUUGUACAUAAACUAUAUAUAUAUAUAUAUAGAUUAUAAUUCGGAUGGAUAUUCUCAUUCUUUCCUUGCGUUGUCGAGGAUGACCUGGGCCCUGGCGAUUUACUUAUUUUUCGUUCAAACGUGUUCCUAGUUGGCGAGAUAAAAGUGCUUUUUCGCACUCGCUUGAAGUUGUGUAUAGAAUCAGUGGGGAAGCUACCCCCUCUCAGUUUAUUUACGUACCUUUUUUGGCCAAAUUAAUUACCAAACAUAGUAAAAGAAAAAGAUUUUACAAGCAGAUAUUAGGUGUGAGAUAGUCCACUGCUGUGCUGCUUCAAUAAUGCAUCACUGAUAAAUGUGAUCAGUGGGCCAAAAAGACAUAGUUCACUGCUGUGCUGCUUCAACUUAUAUUGGAUUGAAUUUUCUUUAAUUCUUUGCGUCUCCUGCUGUUUGUGUCGUUGAGGUGAGGAGGAGUUUUCACUAACAGUAACAGGUAAGUGCUUCGAUGAUUGACCUUUAGAUCUCAUCUCAUCUCAUCACAUCACAUCUCAUCCAAAGACUAGAAUUUUAGAACCAUUAUUUAGAUCUCUCAUCUGACAUGUUCUUCUUCUUUUUCUUCUUUUUCUUAGAAGAGAGAAUUGAGUUGAUGUAACUGCUUGUUUCUAUCAACUUUUCAAGUUGUCGAAAACAACCAUAUAAGGGAAUCAGUUGUAAAUUUAUAAAUACUAUAGCGGAAUCCAUGGCAUCGUAUUCGUCUGAUGGUAAGCCGGAAAAUGUGGAUCGGGGUGCUAAGGUGAAGAAAGAUCACAAGGAGGAGGAGGGAUAGGAUGAGGGUGGAUUUGUUGACAAGGUGAAGGAUUUCAUUCAUGACAUUGGGGAGAAGAUAGAGGGUACUAUUGGAUUCGGCAAGCCAACCGCCGAUGUUACUGCCAUUCACAUCCCUAGCAUCAAUCUCGAAAAGGCCGAGAUCGUGGUGGAUGUGCUCAUCAAGAACCCUAAUCCGGUUCCCAUCCCUCUCAUCGACAUUAACUACUUGAUCGAAAGUGAUGGAAGGAAACUUGUCUCCGGGCUGAUCCCUGAUGCUGGGACAAUCCAUGCCCACGGGGAGGAGACUGUCAAAGUUCCAGUCCACUUGGUAUACGAUGACAUCAAGCUUGGAAGCAUCAUUCCAUACAGGGUCAAGGUCGACCUCAUUGUGGAUGUCCCUGUCAUCGGCAGAUUCACUAUCCCCCUUGAAAAAACUGGAGAAAUCCCCAUCCCUUACAAGCCUGAUGUCGAUGUUGAGAAGAUAAGGUUUCAAACCUUCUCCUUUGAAGAAACCGUUGCUGUCCUCCAUUUGAAGCUGGAGAACAUGCAUGAAUGACUUUGACUUAGGCCUCAAUGCUCUCGACUACGAGAUUUGGUUCUGUGUUGUCCGCAUUGGAGGUGCAGAGCUCUCCAAGUCUGCCAAUCUUGCUAAAAGGGGCAUCACUUAUGUUGACGUUCCCAUUACCUUCAGGCCUAAGGAUUUUGGGUUAGCGCUCUGGGAUAUGAUUCGGGGAAUGGGUACCGGCUACACCAUCAAAGGGAAUAUCAAUGUGGACACGCCCUUUGGAGCCAUGAAGUUGCCGAUCGUCAAGGAGGGUGGUACUACACGCCUCAAGAAGAACAAGGAAGAUGGUGGUGACGACGACGAUGAUGAGGAGUGGAGAGGGAUGUUGGGUUGGCAAGUGAAACUAGUAGUUGACGUGGUCUGUUUAUCUGUACUGGUGCUUGAGAAUAAUAGACAAACAGGCACUUGAAGUUGAGGCAUUAUAUUUAUUUAUAGGUUAGCUUCAGAGCUUGUGGUGGUAGAGUAUUAAGCUGUUUUGAGUUGAGGAGAAAUUUGUUGCCGUAUAAUUGCUGUGGUUGGAACUUGGAUGGAUCAUGGAAGCGAAAGUUGUUAUUGUAAUAGCUAAUAAAAAUGCAGUUUGCGGUUUGGGGUAAAUAAGUGAAUCGAUUGAGCAGAUUUUUGUCUGAGCAUUCAGUGAUUGUUUGAUAAUAUGAUUAUUAAGGUUGCUGUGGAAAGUGGAAUCGACCUAUUGUUAUUGUGUA